UGGCUCUUCUCUCCACAGGCCUGCCGGAGAAGCAUGGCUGCAGAGAACCACUCUGUAGUGACUGAAUUCAUCCUAGGGGGCUUAACCAGCCGGACGGAGCUCCAGCUCCCCCUCUUCCUCCUCUUCCUCGGGGUCUACGUGGUCACCAUGCUGGGGAACCUGGGCAUGACCGGCCUGAUCUGCCUGGACACGCAGCUCCACACCCCCAUGUACUACUUCCUCAGCAACCUGUCCCUGGUGGACCUCCUCUACGCCUCCGUCACCACCCCAAAGAUGCUGGUGAGCUUCGUGUCGGAGAAGAAGGCCAUCUCCUACACGGGGUGCAUGUCGCAGCUCUUCUUCUUCCUCCUCUUCGUCAUUGCUGAGUGCUACAUGCUCACGGUGAUGGCCUACGACCGCUACGUUGCCAUCUGCCGCCCUCUGCUCUACGGCACCAUCAUGUCUCCCUCCGUCUGCUCCCUGCUGGUGGCUGCGGUCUACACCAUGGGGCUCAUUGGUUCGACAGUGGAGACGGGCCUCAUGCUGAGCCUGUCCUACUGCGGACGUCUGGUCAGCCACUACUUCUGCGACAUCCUCCCUCUCAUGAAGCUCUCCUGCUCCAGCACCUACGGUGUCGAGGUGACAGUCUUCCUUCUGGCUGGGUUCAACAUUGUGGUCACCAGCCUGACAGUGCUCAUCUCCUACGCCUUCGUCCUCUCCAGCAUCCUCCGCAUCAGCACGGCCGAGGGCAGGGCCAAGGCCUUCGGCACCUGCAACUCCCACCUCACGGCUGUGGGGAUAUUCUACGGGUCGACGGCCUUCAUGUACUUAAAGCCCUCCACGGCCACUUCCCUGGCCCAGGAGAGUGUGGCCUCCGUGUUCUACACCUCAGCGAUCCCCAUGCUGAACCCCCUGAUCUACAGCCUGAGGAAUAAGGAGGUCAAGGCUGCCGUGCGGAAAACACUGCGGAGGAAACUAUGUCGAUGCCGGUGCUGUUCUUCUUUCUCGAUGUAA